AGAUACUUUACGAGAAACAAGAAAAGAUGGUUGAGAAAAUGGACAAUUCGAUGCAGAUGCUGGAUAAAGUAAUGAAGAAGGCCACCGAGAUGAUGGAGAAUAUGGUGGAAGUCUCCCGUUUAAACUUAGAGAAAGAAAAAGUUAAACUUAGACGUUUAGAGUUAGAAGCAGAGACUAAAAACGAGAAUAAAGAAAAAUUAGAGAAACCCGAAGUCAGGGUACAGAGGGCUGCUGCAGAAGAGAACAUGAAACAAGUGAAAUGCUACAGAUGCAACCGAAUGGGUCAUAUGGCAAAGGACUGUCCACUAAUAGAAUUUGGUGCCUGGUUUUGUUACUACUGCCAGGAAGUACGAGGUCACAAGGGUGAUAAUUGUCCGAGUGCCGAAGCCCAGGCGAACAGAGCUAGAGGAAAAAGGUAUUUAAAUAAAACCGUUAAUAAAAACAUAAAGAAAAAGAGUAGAUUUGUGCAAAAAGGCACAAAAAGAGUAGAUAACAAAGGGAAAAUAACCAAGAUACAACCAGCUGAGAAACCUAUAUCAACGAAAACAGCAAAUAAAGGAGAAUCAGAAGAAG